CGGCCGCGUCCCCCCCCCCAGGCGUCUUCCUCAUCCCCUAUCUGCUCAUCGUCUUCGUGGGCGGCAUCCCCGUCUUCUUCCUGGAGGUGGCCCUGGGGCAGUUCAUGAAGCAGGGGGGCAUCGCGGCGUGGAAUAUCGCUCCGCUCUUUAAAGGUCUGGGCUUGGCCUCCAUGGUGAUCGUCUUCUUCUGUAACUCCUACUACAUCAUGAUCCUGGUGUGGGGGCUCUUCUACCUGGUGCACUCGCUGACCGACAAGCUGCCCUGGGCCACCUGCGGCCACGCGUGGAACACGGAGCGCUGCGCAGAGUUCUUCCACCUGGAGCUGUGCCGUAACGCCAGCGCCAACGCCAGCGCCGCCGCCACCGCCCUCAACGUCAGCUGCUCCGACAUGCGCUCACCCGUCAUCGAGUUCUGGGAGAACAAAGUGCUGCGGCUGUCGGGGGACCUGAGCGAGCCGGGGGAGAUGAACUGGCAGAUGAUCCUGUGCCUGGUCUCCACCUGGAUCAUCGUCUACUUCUGCAUCUGGAAAGGUGUCAAGUCAACCGGGAAGAUCGUCUACUUCACGGCGCUGUUCCCCUACGUGGUCCUCAUCCUGCUGCUGGUGCACGGCGUGACGCUGCCCGGUGCACUGGGUGGCAUCGUUUACUACCUGAAACCCGACUGGUCCAAGCUGGCUGAGGCGCAGGUCUGGAUCGACGCUGGCACUCAGAUCUUCUUCUCUUACGCCAUCGGGUUGGGCGCGCUGACGGCACUGGGCAGCUACAACCGCUUCCACAACAACUGCUACAGGGACGCCUACAUCCUGGCCGUCAUCAACAGCUCCACCAGCUUCUUCUCUGGCUUCGUCGUGUUCUCCGUGCUGGGCUUCAUGGCCUCAGAGCAGGGCGUGGAUAUCUCCAAAGUGGCCGAAUCGGGUCCCGGGUUGGCCUUCAUCGCCUACCCCAAAGCCGUCACACUGAUGCCCCUGUCCCCGCUGUGGGCCACGCUCUUCUUCUUCAUGCUCCUGGUGCUGGGGCUGGACAGCCAGUUUGUCGGUGUGGAGGGUUUCAUCACUGGCAUCCUGGACCUGUUCCCCCAGCCGGGGGCCGGCUCACUGCGCCGUGAGCUCACGGCCGCGCUCUGCUGCAUCGUCUGCUGCCUCAUCGACCUCUCCAUGGUGACACAGGGCGGCAUGUACGUGUUCCAGCUGUUCGACAACUACUCAGCCAGCGGGAUCACGCUGCUGUGGCAGGCGUUCUGGGAGUGCGUGGUCAUCGCCUGGGUGUACGGCGCUGACCGCUUCAUGGACGACGUGGCCCGCAUGAUCGGCUACCGGCCGCUGCCCUUCAUGAAGUGGUGCUGGGCCGUGGUGACGCCGCUGGUCUGCGUGGGCAUCUUCUUGUUCCACGUGGUGAACUACAAACCGCUGACGUACAACAAGACCUACGUGUACCCGUGGUGGGGCGACGCCAUCGGCUGGGUCCUGGCUCUCUCCUCCAUGCUCUGCAUCCCCUGCACUGUCAUCUACAAGCUCCUGCGCUGCAAAGGCUCCUUGCGCGAGCGCUGGCAGCUGCUGACCACGCCAAUCUGGGGCCACCACCACCUGGAGUACCUGACGCCCGAGGCCGAAGCCAAGCUGCUGGCCCCAGAGCCCCCCAAGGAGAAGACAACGCUCUUCGAGACUGUGAUCUGAGCGUGGGGAGGGUCGCGCUGCUCCCGCCCGCCAUAGCAAUAAUGCCAGCACCACCUCCCACCCAUGCAGCCCCGCGCCUGGGCCCCCCCCGCCGCACUGUCCCAGCCUCUAUGCAGGGAGUAGGGGGUGGUGGGAACCGCUCGGGGACACGGGGACGGGGCGGCCACGGGGGUCCCCAGCGCCGGGAGGGGGGUGUAAGACAUGGGGUGUGGGUGGUGGGAGGGGGUAAGUGAGUAGGACAGCUCCUCCCUGGCCUCCGUCCCUAUGCCCCACUGCCCCCCAGCCCGGCCGCCCCGGCCGGUGGCACUUCGCUCACUAACCGCUUCUGUAGCGUUUGUCUGGUGUAACCCCAACCGCCCCGACAUCUGGCAAUAAACUGGGAGACCCUGGCA